GUCACCACAACCAGCCACUCUCCACUCAUCUUUUAGCUCUCAACUCUUCUCCUCAAGGCCCAGUCCUUCGCCUUGCCCGACCUCGUUACAUCAAAUCUCCCCCCAAGCCGACGACAACAUAUACCACAGAGGAGAAAAAAAAUACGAAAAAAAUGUCUCUCCUUCGUAUCGCCGCCCGGGGCCCCGCGACCUCGACCUCCUCCUUCUUCCGAGCCACCACCCUCCGAGCCCGGCCCUCGAUCGCUUUCGCCCGCCCGGCCUUCAGCACCUCGUCCCGUCUUCGAUCCGAGCACCAAGAGGAGUCUUUCGAGGACUUCAGCACCAGAUACGAGAAGGAGUUUGACAAUGUGCAGGACGUCUUUGAGCUACAGCGUAACCUGAACAAUGCCUUCGCCUACGACCUCGUCCCCUCGCCUUCCGUUUGUAUCGCCGCCCUGCGCGCAGCCCGGAGGGUCAACGACUACCCUACCGCCGUCCGGAUCUUCGAGGGCAUCAAAUCCAAGGUCGAGAACAAUGAGCAGUACCAGCAAUAUCUCAAGGAGCUCCAGCCCUUGCGCCAGGAGCUCGGCGUCCUGCUGAAGGAGGACCUGUACCCGGAGGCCAAGGAAGAGCACUAGACACAAAUGUUGCCUCGAUGCUGACUACCCAGGCAGUCAUCCUGUCAAACCUCUCGCGGCAGAAGGGGCAAAACCACAGAUAACAGGCAGGCAUUUUCCCUUCUGACCUGAUGGCUGAAAAGCAGCUUGAAAACGCAGUUUCUGUAUAUGUGUUCUACUACCAGUUAUCCCGGGAAAAGAAAUCAAAAAUCGAGCUAUAGACAAAAAAGCAGAGAGGAGACAGGGGAAAGAGAGAGGGGGAAAGAGAGAGAAGGAGGGGAGAGGAGGCACAAGGGGUUGAUAUCCAUUCCAAAUCUCCUUUUUCACUUGCAAUAGAAGCGAGGUAGGCAGGGGCGGAGGUCAAGUUCAAUCUCAAAUGCUGUGUACGUUUUCGAUG